AUGGCCAGAACUGUUUAUAGUAGUGAUGAAAGUAUCACGGAUAGUAGCAGUGAGGUUGAUCCUAUUGCAUAUGUGGAACUGCACCGCACCCGUAGUACACAUAUUAAUGAGGAAAAUAUAAGUGAACCAGCAUAUAAUUAUGAAGACAAACCAGCUAAUAUUUAUGAUGAAAGUGAUACAAAGAAGCCAAUAGAAUCGGAAAUACCAGAUAAAAAACAAACAGCAUGGAGGAAAUUUGUUAAGAUAGUACGUCCGGCGUACUUUCUUGACCAUUUGGAUUAUGAAUCGUUUAAGGUUGUCUCUAGGACAUGGGUCCAGCUUUGGGUGACGGUUAUAUUGAUGGUUAUACCGAAAAGUGGUAAUUGGAUUGGAAAUGCUGCAUACUUGAUGCAGAUAGUAGGGUUCAUCAUCGCUGCUGGUGGGACCCUGAUAGUCCUCAAUGUUUUCCUAAGUAUCCUUUGCUUCUCUUAUGUGAUGGUUUCAUGGCUAUUUGCUACUAUAGCCUUAUUAAUUACCAACCGAUUACGAGGUUCGAUAACACCCGAAGAUUUGAUCAAGUUGCUUAUUCAAGAUGGUUCAUGUACCGCAGAGAAUAUACUGACAUGUAUGACUCCUCAGAUAUUCACAGGAAGAUUUUUGACCACCAGGUGCACAGUUAUAUUUGUAUUCUGCUUGAUGAUUGGUUUAACCAUGUAUGGCAUGACAUUAAGAUUACAUCCUUUGAUAAGACCAGGAUUCGUGGCAGGUAUUAUCUCGUUGAUCGUUCUUACUAAUUACUAUGUGUAUUUCCCUGUAUUCAUGCCUAAGGUGAUUGGUUAUACUAUUAUAAAACCUAUGGGAAUUGCAUUUUUAACCAAAAUUGUCACAUCCAUUUUGAUAUUUCCUACCACUUCAAGCUUCUUAUAUUUCAAUGGUUCAUCGAAAAUCUUGAGCGGUUUAAAUAAAGCAACUAAAAACAAUAUUAACUUCAUGAAGACAUUGAGACCAUCUGGGCCUGACUUUUCGAAUUUCGAAAAGUAUUCCAAAGAAAUCACAAACUUUAGAAAUAAUAUUUCCCAGCUUGAAGUUUUAGCAAGUACAAUAAAAUAUGAAAUUUCAUUUGGUAGACUUGAUGCUGGGGAUGCUGGAGAAUUCAGGUACUUACUCAAGAACUUAAUUAAUUUAUCGGCAGGUUACGAAUAUUUUUACCAAUUACUUUAUGAGAGGCUAGAUGUUGUAUCUGAUAACAUUAGGGGAUUGGGUCGCAGCAGGGCAAGCAGUACAUCUUCAUAUAACCGUAAGAAGAUAACCGGACACUCAAAGCUUUUUACAGCUCUACAGCAAUCAUAUAGGUCUGUUGGAGAGUACGAAAACAGUCGCCGGAUUAAACUUUUAAGAAAUAGAAUUUAUUCGUCAGAUGCAGAAGAUGAUUUGACUUUAAAAGACUUAGAUAUUGUGGCUCGUUUUAUUACUGCACAUUUUAUAUCGGUCUUAGAAGCCGUAGAUAUUGGGCUUGAAUCUGUUGCGACAUGGUUAACUGAAGCAAAUAAGUUUAGGACCUAUACUAUAAUUAUUCCUGGAAGUCAUGAAAAACAUAAACAAAGGCAACAAGAACGUAAAGAGAGUUUAUUAGAUGCAAAAAGAAGAUUGAAAAACGAAUUAGAAAAGUGGAGCGAUCAUAAGAGAAUCGAAAAACUAAUGCAAGGAACGACUAGAAAUGAAGACGUUUUAUUAUGUCUUAUUAGUCAAGCUACGUUGUUUCUAAAUUUAGCCAAAGAUCAGUCUAAAGCAAUAAUUAGAAUGAUUGACUUGUUCCUUUCUAUUGACAAAAGUAGACCAGCUCCAAGUCUUAUAACACCGUUCACUUCGUCGGUUAGAGAUUCAGCUCGUUAUAUCAACAGCACCAUAGCAGAUGGAGCACCAGAUGAACAUGAAUCUAGCUUCUGGAAAAGUGAAGUUUCUAUCAGAGACGCUGAUGCAUUUCCACCGUCGCAUGUAUACCAAAUUUUCGGUAUAAAGUGUGUUUCAUUUUACAACCUACUUUUAAACAAGCAUCUUUGGUUUUGGAUAAGGGCCAGUGGGCUUGUUACGGUUUGUUGUAUUCCUGCUUUUUGUAGGACUACAGCUGAAUGGUAUUAUAAUAAUAGAUUGAUGUGGGUUCCUGUUGUGUGUUGUCUUACAGUUUCCGAAUACGUUGGUGAAGCCAUUUAUGGUAUUAUUGCGAGAUUUUUCUAUGGAUUUGCAGCGGGUAUAGUUGGAAUGGUUGCGUGGUAUAUCUCCGCAGGUAAUGGUACCGGUAAUUACUAUGGGUAUUGUGUAGUUACUGGAUUUCUCUUUUUCUAUUUAUGUUUCUUCAGACAUUUUUCAGUUCAUUUAAAUCUUGUUCCGACAAUUCUUUUUUGUGUUACCGUUGUUUUGAUUAUGGGGACAAGUUGGCUAGAUGGGAAUCAUCCACAAGCUACGGGUAAUAUUGGAUAUGGUUUUACAGCUGCUUGGAAGAGGCAUGUUAGUGUAACUGUUGGAAUAGCUAUUAGUGUCUUGGCUAGUUGUUUUCCAAGGGUUUCUACUAGUAAGGUUGUAAUUAGAAAAAUAUUGGCCCAAGCAUUAGAACAGGUAGGACUACUUCAUUGUGAUGUAUCCAGAUUUGCGUUAGGAAGAUUAGAGAACCAUAAUAUCCAUAUUUUAAGGAGGCACGAUGAAACUCUAGAAAAAUUUCGUACGGCCUUAUUGAAGCUUGCGAGUAUUACACGAAUUAUUGGACCGCUUCAGUACGAAAUCCCUAUAGCGGGUGAUUGGCCUGCAUCAAAAUAUGUUAGAUUACAGACGUUGAUUACUGAUGUUGUUCAAUUGUAUGUUAUGCUUCAAUCAAUAUUCGACCAAAUUGAUGAACCAGAAUUUUGGGUACCUAUUAUAAUGGGCAGAAUGGGAUGGACAAGUCCUUCUAUGACUGCUAAUGUCUUCUCUAUGACGCAUAUGGGUGCUGGUUCAUUAAGAUCUAAAACCGCAUUACCUAAAAUCACUCAAGCAAAUCUUUCUAUACAACAUUUGGAUUUACUAAGAUCAAAAUGGGGAACUGAAAAAAUAUCUUUAAGUGAGCGGUUUUAUAAUCUAGAACCGAAUACUGAAAAGGAAUAUACUGUCGAUGAAGGUGAAAGUUUGCAUGAUUCAAUGGUAAGAAAUUUGGAUUACGAAAAAUUAUUCAGUGCUGAUGGCCAAUGUAAUAUCGUUGCGUUAUUAUUAGCACAUAUGAUCUACAGACGUCUUGAUGAAUCAAUAAUUAUUAUCAAAUCUUUGGUUGGAGAAAAGUACGAUUUUGAUUAUACCGUAUUCGACGAUGAAUACGAAAAUGAGUACUGGACUGCUGAUUAA